UUUUUUUUUGGUGAUUGAUGGGUCUUUGAAUACUUGCUCUUUCUCUCUCUCUUUUCCCCCUUCUCAUCCUUUCUCGUUGUCUCUCUGUCUACUUCGAUUAGGAGCACGCAAUACGUUUAGGUGAUAGCGUUUUUCUAGCUGAUCUACACCAUACCUACUGGGUACAUACUGAAGAGAACAAAAGAGAGAACCCGGAUUUGUUGAUUUCAUAACUGGAUUGAGAAUCAAUUCAUUCUGCAUAGCCAUUUCAUCAUUUGUUUUUCUGCGUUUCUUUCAACCAAUUGCCAUAACCGGACCGAAACAAAUCUUAUACGAAAUACGGACCAAUUAAAGUUGAAAACAGCGGCCCGGGGAAGCUUCCCGUCCCGCUUCCGUCGAGUUUAUUAGUUUUUAUCCCGGCAUGGCGGUUCUCGACGAGGAAUCGGGGAUGAAGGUGGAGAUUGAGAAGCAGAGCGAGGGAACAACAAAGGCAUCGUCGUUGGCGACAAUGGGGAGAGAAGAGGAUGCUGAGAUGGGCAAAGAGACGGCUGUUGCUACGAGCCGGCCGCAGCAGGGGACUGAUUCGGCAACGGAGGAUGGCGGUGAUGGGGAAAGUGAUGAUGAUGGCCUGCCAAUGUCCAGGGCGAGAUGCAUUGCUCUGGUUGCGACUGUGACUGGCGCUGCGUUUCUCAAUACCCUCUCCGUCCAAAGCGUCGUCAUCAUCCUCCCCACCAUCGGCCACCACCUCUCCGUCCCCGAAAGCCGCCAGCAAUGGAUCGUCUCGUCCUACUCCCUCACUUUCGGCUGCUUCCUGCUCUUCUGGGGCCGCAUCGCCGAUUUGUACGGCAAACGGCUCGUCUUCAUACUCGGCUCCAUCUGGGUGACGGCCAUAACGGCGGCGAAUCCGUUUGUGCCGAAUGAGAUUGCGUUUAACUUGUUCCGAGGGCUUCAUGGGUUGGGGGCUGCUGCGAAUGUCCCAACGGCUAUUGGCAUCUUGGGCGUGACGUUUCCUCCCGGCAAGGCAAAGAACUACGCCUUCAGCACUUACAGCGCCGGCGCACCCCUCGGCAGCGUCUUCGGCAACAUCCUCUCCGGCUUCGUCGCCCAGUACUCCAACUGGAAAUGGGUCUUUGGCGUCCUCGCCAUCAUGGGCGGCAUCAUCUCCGUCUGCGGCAUGCUCUUCAUCCCGCCGACUCCUCCAUCACCAGCAGCAGCAAGCAAAACGAAGCUCGGCCCGCGGUCCGUCGACUGGGUUGGCGCCACGCUCAUCACCGUCGGCCUGCUGGCUCUCAUGUUUGCGCUCACAGAAGGCAACGUCGUGGGCUGGAGCACGCCGUGGAUCCCGGUGCUGAUUGUUGUGUCCAUCAUUGUCAUUGCGGCGUUUGCGGUCUGGCAGUGGUAUCUGGAGCGCAGACUCGACGCGGCAAAGACGCAACUCCUCGAAUCUGAUGGAGUUUUGCAGCCAGCAGCGGCAACUCUGCCCACGCCGCCGCUCAUCAAGGUCUCCAUCUUCCGCAACGCCCAGUUCAGCGCCGUCAUGGUCAUCAUGGGCGUCUUCUUCGCCUCCUUCAACAACUACCUCAUCUACGCCACCUACUACUUCCAGGAGUUCCAGGGCCAGUCCCCCCUGCAGACGAUGCUGCGCUUCCUCCCGACCGGCAUCGGCGGCGCCGCCGUCGCCGUCAUCGUCUCGCAGCUGCUCGGCCGCGUGCCCACCGUCUUCCUGCUCAUCAGCGGCAACCUCGCCAUCACGAUUGCCUGCCUGCUCUACGCCGUGCCCAUCCCGCCGACGACGUCGUACUUUGCCUGGGGCCUUCCGGCCAUGAUCCUCUCCGUCAUUGGCGCGGACACCACCUGGCCGUGUCUCACGCUCUUCACGUCUCGCGCGCUGCCGAGAGAGGAUCAGGCCAUUGGCGGCGCACUCAUCAACUCUGUUGGCCAGAUUGGCCGGUCCAUCGGCCUCGCCAUAGCCACGGCAAUCCAGACCGCGGUCAUGGCUGAUGGCCGCGGCGUAUCUGUUAAGAAUGUGGGCAGUAUAAAGGCGUGGGAUCCGCAAUCUCUCAAGGGUCUGCGCGCGGCUUCAUGGUUCAACUUUGCCUUGGGGCUGGUGGCUCUGGUGCUUGUCCUCGUGACUUUCCGUACGUUGGAUAUUGUAGGCAAGGUAGAACCUCCGGUGAAAAAGCUGACUCAGGGGAAUGUUCAAGAUGAUGAUAGGACGGGGGGGAGUGAAAAGAGGGAAGAAACAGCGGAUUCUAAAUCGUAAUGAAGUAUGACAUUGAAUUCUUUUCUUUUCUUUUUCUCAACUAGUCAGGGCAUGCUCAUCAUUUUGCAUCGAGCUUGCUUUUAGAGUCUUUAGAACACACUAAUACAUUAAUACACGUCCGC